AAACAAACAUGUCAGUUUUCCCCUCUCACUUCCACUUUCUCUUGGCAAUGUCUCAGACGACUCAAAAUGCCACUUUCAAGUCCCGGCUUAUUUCCUUUUUGUCAAGGGUGCAGGUGGGCUGUUUCUCUUCUUCACCCCCCGGAACCAUUGCCGAUCCCGCCACUGAGAGAAGAGAAAAGAGACAACACCAUCCCUAACAUCCCCCCAAAAGUCCUUCUAGAAGAACUAACACUCCACCUAAAUAAGCAAACUUUAGUGGGCUCUGUUCUCUCCUCUAAUCCUUACUCAACUGAUGCCGUAGAGAGCGCUAAAUCAAGUCAACUCUUGAGUCUUUUGUUGGCCUUGUUGUCUCUUCUCUCGCAUCAUCAUUGCUUGCUUCUUUGUGCUGCGCCGUAUUUUCCCCUUUUGUGUGGCUCCACACACCCAGACGCAGGCAGGACAAAGCUCACUCUCUUUUUGGGGCGUUUCGCCCUUUUACAAUUUCACAUUCCAUUUCAGAGACACUUUCAGCUCAGAUCAUAUUUCUUCCCCCCCAAUGUAUAUUUCCGUUUGUGUCCGUGUCUGACUGUCGAGCCGCGCGUUAAUUACUCCCGCCUUGCACUUUCAUCACACCUGUACUAUAUCUUUAUAUCUCACACGACCACUGUAUCUCUUCAUACAAUUACUUGAUCGUUACUCCAAUGAAUACUCCAAACAGAGCUGCCGUUGUACAUCCCCAAUGCGACGACGCACAGUCUACUCAGCAAUUACUCGCGCUUGUUCAACAUCUUCAAGUUACAUCGAGGACUAUGGCCAAGCAAACACCCGCGUCCGACCAGAAAAAUAGUACCAUCGUCACCGAUAUUGGCGAUUAUCUCAUCCAAGCUGCUCAGGCAUGGGCGCAGAU